GGUCAGCAUUACAAUAAUUUUUUUUCUAAAUUUAAAGGGAACACGGGAAUGCUGACUCGAACCGCGACUUCGAGCGUAUGGUGUGAGAAGCACACCGCCAGGCGAACACCCCGUCAUUUCUAAGUCAUUUUAUCACUUAACUACCAAAAAAAAAAAAAAAAAAAAAAAGGGGUGCAGGACAGAUAUUCCUCUGCCAAACAGCUAUGGCUGAAAUUUUCUUCCUUCGUUUGAUUACUAUUUUGUUGGCCAUGGUUCAAUGUAAUAAUUUCAUGGCGAAGGCAAAAACCAUUACCAACAUAACCACAGACCAGGCUGCUCUUCUUGCCCUUAAAAAUCAUAUCAAUGAAGAUCCUCAAAACAUCUUGGCAACCAACUGGUCCACUUCUUCUUCCUCUGUUUGCAAUUGGAUUGGUGUGACUUGCGGUUCUCGCCACCAAAGAGUGACUGUCUUGGAUCUUUCUUAUAUGAGUCUAACAGGCACCAUUCCUCCACACCUUGGAAACCUCUCGUUUCUCGUUGAAUUGCACUUGAGAAACAAUAGUUUUCAUGGGUUGCUGCCCAAGGAAUUGUCUGGUUUACGUCGGCUGAAGUUCAUCGACUUUGGAUACAAUAAUCUGAAGGGUCAGAUUCCUUCUUGGUUUGGGUUGUUACCUAAACUUGAAGCCCUGAAGUUGAAUGGAAAUCAGUUCUUUGGCUCCAUGCCCCUCUCCAUAUUCAAUAACUUGUCGGCCUCCUUACAAACGCUUGACCUCAGCGAAAACCAGCUCUCAGGAAGAAUACCAAGAGAAAUUGCGAACUUGACAAAGCUCAAGGAGUUGUUUCUUAAUGAUAACAUCUUAUCCCAAGAAAUACCAGAGGAGAUUGGCAAUUAUAAAGAAAUGGAGGUGCUGAAUAUUGAAACCAAUGAGCUAGUGGGGUCAAUUCCUUGGGUUAUCUUCAACAUGUCUUUACUAAAAACUUUGGGUUUUGGUUACAACGGUCUAUCAGGAAGCCUUCCACAUAAAAUUUGUCAAAAUCUUUCUCAUCUGCAAGGUCUAUAUUCGUCUUACAAUCAGCUCUCUGGACCCUUUCCAUCUGAAUGGUUGCAAUGCAAAGAGCUUACUACCAUAUCAUUGUCCUUCAAUUACUUUUCCGGGAGCAUACCCAUAAGCAUUGGUAACUUGCCAAAGCUGAAAGUCCUCUAUCUUAGCAACAACAACUUGAGUGGAGAUAUUCCAAAGGAGAUCGGUAACAUUAAAGAACUGGAAGAGAUGGAUAUUGGAACCAAUGCGCUUACAGGGUCGAUUCCUUUAGCCAACUUCAACAUGUCUUCUUUGAAAUAUUUGGAUUUAUUUGAUAAUAAAUUAUCAGGUAGUAUUCCAGACAAUAUAUGUGAUAAUCUACCUGCUUUAGAAGGACUAUCUUUGGCUCGGAAUCAGCUUACCGGACCAAUUCCAUCACGAUGGUUGCAAUGCAAAGAGCUUCAGAUUUUGUAUUUCUUCUCCAAUCAUUUUACUGGAAGCAUACCUGUGAGUAUUGGAAAUUUGACAAAGUUGAAGUUGCUCGAUCUUGCUGAAAACAAGUUGAAAGACUUUCCAAAGGAGAUUGGUAAUUUAAAAGAGCUUGAGGAGUUGUGGGUUGAAACCAAUGCUCUAAGAGGGCCAUUUCCUUUAUGCAUCUUCAACAUGUCUGCUUUGAGAAGUUUGGAUUUCUCUGAAAAUAAGUUAUCAGGGAGUCUUCCAGAUAAUAUAUGUCAUAAUCUUCCAAAUAUACAAGAACUACUAUUGUUUUAUAAUCAGUUUGAUGGACCCAUUCCAUCGCGAUGGUUUCAAUGUAAACAUCUCCGCACUUUGUCAUUAGCACAUAACAAUUUUACUGUGGAAGUUCCUACAAGUAUUGGAAACUUGACAAACUUGAAGAAGCUGGAUCUUGGGUUUAACAACUUGACAGGUAUGAUACCAAAGGAGAUUAGUCAUCUAUCUAAUUUGGAGAACAAUGCUUUUUGUGGUGAACCUCGAUUAGAAGUGCCGCCUUGCAAAACUGGAGCAAAAAAGUCAACUCGAAGUGCUUGGAAGUAUAUUGUUGAAUUGAGGAAGAUUUCAUACCGAGAACUUGUUCAGGCAACAGAUGGAUUCAGUGAAACAAAUUUACUUGGUACAGGAAGUUUUUGCUCUGUAUAUCUGGGAAAACUCAAUGAUGGAAUGAAUAUUGCAAUUAAGGUUUUCAAUUUAGAAUUGGAAACAGCAAUGACAAGUUUUGAUAAUGAAUGCAGAGUGUUAUACAAUCUUCGACAUAGAAAUCUUAUCAAAAUCAUCAGCAUUCAUAGCAGGAUCAAGUUCAAAGCCUUGAUACUCGAACACAUGCCCCUUGGAAGCCUUGAAAAUAUGUUGUACAAUCCAAGUAAUAGUUUGAGCAUGCUACAGAGGUUGAACAUUAUGAUAGAUGUUGCGUCAGCAUUGGACUAUCUUCAUCGCUAUUCACCACCUGUUGUUCAUUGUGAUAUAAAGCCUAGCAACGUACUUCUUGAUGAUGAUUUGGUUGGUCAUGUGGCUGAUUUUGGCAAUGCAAAAGUUCUAAGUGGAACAGAGCCAAUGAUACAAACCAUGACACUAGCCACUAUUGGAUACAUGGCCCCAGUAUGGACAAGAGGGAAUUGUUUCUACAAAAGGCGAUGUGUAUAGUUAUGGUAUUGUCCUUAUGGAAACUUUCACGAGAAAGAAGCCUACUGAUAAGAUGUUUGAUGGAGAUUUGAGCCUGAUGAGAUGGGUGAAAGAGUUACUUCCUUAUGAUGUUACUCAAGUUGUGGAUACUAAUUUGCUGAGAGAAAACUUUUCUGCUGUGAAGGAUUGUUUUUCAUCAAUAAUGGAAUUGGCCUUGAAUUGUACUGCAGAGUUACCUGAAGACAGAACACUUAUGAAAGAUGUUAUAGGUGCACUUUGCAAGAUCAAAAUGAAGUUCUUGAAGGCCAUAGAAUCCACGGCCAACACUGAUCAACCAUCAACGUCCAGACCAGCACCUUCCAUUGUUCCAAUCGAUGACAGCUCUGAUGACUCUGAUUAGGGACAACCAUUAUCUUUCUUAAAUCAACAUGCACCAAGUCCAAAACCAUCAAAAUUUUCAACAUAUUUGGUAACCAUUCGAUGUUUCUGCCAUUUUAUUCUUCAUUUACUAUGAUUUUGAGCUGUCGUUAUUUUCUUAAUUCAAUGAUACAUUUUGAGGUACUUGUAGGCUUGGCCCAGUAAUAAAGCUACUAAGAGUACACUUCUAGGUUCAGGUUCAACCCGUUUGUAAUAAAAAAAUAAAAUAAAAAUGAUACAUUUUGAGC